UAGACCGGGCCAGACCGGUGAAUGAGGCGAACAACGUGGAUCAACCAUGAGUGUAUGCAUACCGACAAUGACGCGCCGCUGAUCCCCCAAUCUUCAGCCGCUGUGAAACGCAUACCCCGAGACGUGGUUGUUGAGUCGGUGAGAACGGUACUUGGACACUUCGUGGACCAGUCGGAGUGGGAGAGAGCUUGGUCGGAAACGCGUCAUAUCUUUCCAUGUGGUCGUCUUGUCUACGAUGACUCUGUCGUUUUGGAAGCGGAGCUGGGAGUGAAAUGCAAUUCGACUCUCACGACAGCAUCGCCUCGUCGUGUCUUCGGUAGCUUCUUCUUAACCGAUGGGAGACAUGCACGUAAGCGACGUUCGUUUGGGUGUGGCUCGAGCUAGAAAGUCGACAGAACACUUCAUCGAAGAGCUGUUCUCGGUGUGUCGCACAAGCAGGAAGGACAAUGCAAGCUGCGGUAUGCACAGAAGCGAACGAAUGGAGCUCUUUGGGCGUGAGGCAGGCGUAGCACCGAGACGAUCGAGAUGGAGCGAAUUGUAAA